GGCAUGGACACUUCUGCAGGGUCUGGCGCGCCGCCGUGCAACCGGAGCCCGUUCGCAGCCCGCCCGAGCCCGAGCCCGCGCCGAGCCAAAGCAGGCGGCAUGAGGCUUGAGCCGGCGGUGCCCUUCUCCAUGCUGGUCAUCGGGGUCGCGUUCGCGUGCCACUCCCCGAGCCCGAGCUCGCUACGGGAGCGCGCUCGACAUUCCGCCGUAGUGAUCGAGGGCCGAGUGCAGUCGGCGCCCCAAAAUAAUGCCUCGGGCUCCGAGCCCUACCGGGUGGACGUCAAGGUGCUGGACGUGUGGCCGCGACACAGCGGCGGCCUGGAGCGCGAGCAGCUCGUCACCGUGCGCGAGCUGGGCCCGGCGAGCGGGCCGUGCGCGCGGGUUCUCAACGACCACCGUUAUAUUUUCUUCAUGGACCCCACCGACGAGCCGCUGGUGUUCAGGGCGGCCUACGCGCCCCUUGAUGCCAGUGGCAGGGAUCUAAAAAAAGAUGUGGGCAAGAUCUUGUGCGAGAACUGCGGUGCUCCCACAAUUAAACCUAUGAAGAGCCCAGUAAGCGUGGAAGAGGGAGAAAAGCUAAUAAUGAAGUGUGAGGCAUCAGGUUCCACACCAUUAAAAUAUAUGUGGUACAAAGAUGGCAACGUUCUGAAAAAGAGCAAAGAAGUCAGGAUCAGAGCAAGCAAGAGAAACUCCAAGAUCCAGAUUGCCAAAGCAAGACUAGAGGACUCUGGGAAUUAUAUGUGUGUGGUGGAGAAUGAGAUUGGAAGUAGGAACACCACAAGCAGCGUUCAUGUCCAAAGCAUCACCACAGCGUUACCUUCGGCCUCCGGCCACGCCAGAAAAUGCAACGAGACAGAGAAGGGGUACUGUGUGAACAACGGCGAGUGUUACUUCAUCCAUGGUAUAAACCAGCUCUCCUGCAAAUGUCCGAGCGGAUACUUCGGCCCACGGUGCUUGCAGCCAGAGCCUCUGCGGCUGCUCAUGCCCAAACCUAGUGAAAAGGCAGAAGAGCUCUAUCAGAAGAGAGUCCUGACAAUCACAGGCAUCUGCGUGGCUCUGUUAAUUGUGGGCAUUGUGUGUGUUGUGGCCUACUGCAAAGCCAACCUUCCCACUAGGAAACAGAGGAAGAAGAUGCACAAUCACGUGAGACAGAACAUGUGUCUGGAUCAUCCAAACCGCAGCCUGGCUAACGGGCCAAACCACCCGGGUCCUGGCCCUGAGGAGAUCCCAAUGGUUGAUUAUAUCUCAAAGAACAUCCCAGCAACUGAAAGAGUUAUGAGAAGCGGAGCGGAGGCAUCAUUUGCCGGCAGCCGCCACUCUUCCAGAUCCCACAACUCCUCCACCCGAGCCCACUCCUCCACACAAAGACAUGACGAGAGGACGUGGAGUAUGGAGCGGACAGACAGCGUGCUUUCAGAUUGUCCUUCAGGCAUACUCUCAUCCUCUGUGGGCACCAGUAAGUGCAGCAGUCCAGCAUGCAUGGAGGCAAGAGCACGGCGUGCCGCUCACUAUGGCUACCCCGAGCCCCGCCGGCUGCCAUUGCGCUAUGGAGACUCCUUCGAUUCUCUCGGAGACUCACCACACAGUGAAAGGUACGUGUCAGCCCUGACCACACCGGCGCGUUUGUCUCCGGCGGACUUCCAUUACUCACUGCCCCCACAGGUGCCUACCUUCCAGAUCACGUCUCCCAAUGCCAGCCAUGCCAUGUCGCUGCCGCCGGCUACCCGCGCCCUCUACCCGCCCGAGGAGGAUCAGCCGUUACUCCGCUGCUACCAGCUGCCUCUGCACGAGGCCCAGCGUCGUGAGCCCUACCAGCAGCAGAUACAGCAGCAGCAGCGGUCACGCUCCUAUCGUCAGGACAGCGUAGGCAGUCUGCCCUCUAGCCCGUAUCGGCUGGCUCAGGACGACGAUGAGUAUGAGAGCACGCAGGAGUACCCACCCACGCUGGAGCAACCAAAGAAAAGCCAUGGUCGCUGGCACAGAUCCAGACUGAAUGGGCACGUAGCACCGCGGGGAUAUCGGCCGCCCCGGGACUUGGGCUCGCGCAGCUGCCUUUCGGAUAGUGAAUCGGAGGGAGAGGAAGGCGAGCGCACACCCUUUCUCAGCAUGCAGAACAUGAACUCACCCGAGCCCUCAGCCAUCUACAGGCCGACACCGGCCACACACAACACACGGACUUCCCACACACAGAACAGACACACGCAACAGCACGCACGCUCCAAACCGGACGGUGGUGCCCAUUAGAGACACAUGCCACCUACCCCCCUCUCCUUGCAAAAUCUGUAUACCUAUAGACCUGCACCUAUAAGAAAUAUUUUUUAUUUUAUAUAACUAACAGAUAUUCUAAACAAAUGAAAUAUUUAUUUUCAUUUUAGCAAAAAAGUUUACUAGUUAACAGCAAAGACUUUUUUAUAGGGAAAAUAUUUAUAUGUACAUUUUGAUUUACAGCAUAAAAGAAACGUGCCAAUUUUUUCACAAUUUAAAGAAAUAGAAUAAUAUUGUGGUGCCUUUUGCUGUUUGACGAUGCCAGAGGGCCUGUGGAGGUUUUGUAGCCUUUCUUACAAGGACGCCUCAUUUUUAUACGCACUCUUUACGUUGUCUGUGUAUGAUUUUUAGUUUUCCUUUUUAUUUUGUUCAGAUUGUGUUCUUUGGAAGAUAACAUGACAGUUUGAGCAUUUACAUUGCCCCACUACCACAUCAUGCAAUAUAAGCUGUAUGUUUACAAGAAUACAAUUCACAUGGAUGCUCAGUGAUUAUGUUGCUUUUUUUUUAACAGAAACUCAAUGACACUUACAAUUGGAACGUUUUGGUUUUUUUUUCAGUGAAUAAGAGGGAAUCGUGUUAUGUGUGCAUUCAUAAGUAUCCAGGUCUGGCGUACACCACCGCAAGGUGUAAGCAGAUAUAGGAAGCGGUCUAGCAAGCAUGGUCUAGUUAUCUAGGCUACAGAGUUCUCUGAAGUAAAAAUGACAUUUAUUUUAUUAUUUUUUAUUUUUGAUACAAAAAAUUAGAUUGUUAACGUUGUUUAAGUGAUGUUUUACCCUAACAAAACCGACUUACCAUGAGCUACAAAACAUAAAAUAAUAGGAUACAGUCCUCUAGAAGUGCACACCAGUACUACACCAUCACCAAUCAGACACAGAGCUACAACCAUGUAAUCACAGAUCUGCAAACAAUGCUGAACAGUGGCCUCACUCCUGAUUACUUUACCUAGCAAGCAUGCUAAUUAAAUAUUACAAAAUAUUAAAACACAUUAAAAGAAUUGAAAAUGCAUUAUCAAAUUCUAUUCCUUAUAAAUCACAACAGCUACACAGUAUUGUACCUUUUUUUUUUCUUUUCUUUUUUUUUUUUUAAAUACAAAAUAAUCAUUUUGUAGCUGGCUGGUAUGGUCUGAUACUUUAGAAACAGAAGGCACAAAAACGUGUAGUUACUGUUGAGCUCUACAGUCCAUAUAUAAAAGGCAGAAACUCA